CAAGAGUUCCUUUAGUUGCAGUUGGAUUUAACCUUGCGGUCUCCCGUGGAUUACUGUUCAACAAUAUUAUGACCCUUGCCGAGUGUGGUUAGCCUCCAGGCUGCCUAAGCCGGAGAGUGAAGUGCUCGAUUUUGUGCGUAACUAUUAAGUUUCAACUUGCAGUUUCUGAUGGCGUCGUUUGGGCUUCACCAGCGAAUGGCGUCUGCGCCUCACAUAGAGGAGCGCGCGGGUUGCUCCAGCAGGUGCUCACCAGCCAUCCAGGGUUGUUGGCGGACACGGGUUCAUGGUGCGCGUGGCGUGGCCACCGCCAGCGAGCGACGACGCGUGGUGUCCCUCAGGCGCAGCGCUGCCUCGACUGAUGUGGUUUGCUUUGACGAUUCGCAUGAUGUCAAGGGGCGUCAGGCUGCAGCUGCCCCGCCUGCAGUCGACAAGGUCGGGGUUCUGCUGCUCAAUCUUGGAGGUCCGGAGACGUUGAACGACGUGAAGCCCUUUCUAUUUAAUUUGUUUGCCGACCCAGAGAUUAUUCGGCUUCCGCAAGUGGUGCAGUUUCUCCAGCCUUUCCUUGCAACAAUCAUCUCUACGUUGCGGGCACCGAAGAGCGCCGAAGGCUACAAGGCGAUCGGCGGUGGAAGCCCCUUACGAAGAAUUACAGAUGAUCAGGCGAACGCGCUUGCGGAUGCCCUGAAAGCUAAAGGCCAGGCAGCAAAUGUUUACGUCGGCAUGCGCUAUUGGCACCCGUAUACGGAAGAGGCACUGGAGCACAUCAAGCGUGAUGGAGUCACACGUUUGGUAAUUCUUCCCCUGUAUCCGCAAUUUUCCAUCAGCACCAGCGGGUCCAGCUUGCGGCUGCUUGAGUCCCUCUUUAAGAGCGACCGGGCUUUGAAGCAGCUGCGCCACACGGUGAUCCCCUCAUGGUACCAACGGAGGGGAUAUGUGUGCGCCAUGGCUGACCUCAUCGUGCAGGAGCUGGGCAAGUUCCAGGACGUGCCUAGCGUGGAGUUGUUCUUCUCGGCGCACGGUGUACCCAAGUCAUAUGUCGAGGAGGCGGGCGACCCGUACAAAGAGGAAAUGGAGGAGUGUGUGCGGCUGAUCAUGGAGGAGGUUCGCGCGAGGGGCUUUAACAACUCGCACACCUUGGCGUACCAAAGCCGAGUGGGGCCGGCAGAAUGGCUCAAGCCGUAUACGGACGAGUCGAUCAGGGAGCUGGGUCGUCGGGGUGUCAAGAGCUUGUUGGCGGUGCCCAUUUCCUUUGUUUCUGAGCACAUUGAGACACUGGAGGAGAUUGACAUGGAGUACCGCGAACUCGCGGAGGGUAGCGGCAUCCGAAACUGGGGCCGUGUGCCCGCACUGAAUACAAACGCCGCCUUCAUUGACGACCUGGCGGACGCGGUACUGGAGGCGCUGCCAUAUGUGGGAUGUCUGGCGGGUCCCACUGAUUCGCUGGUGCCUCUGGGCGACUUGGAGAUGUUGCUACAGGCUUAUGACCGUGAGCGCCGCGCGCUGCCUUCUCCAGUGGUGAUGUGGGAGUGGGGCUGGACCAAGAGUGCGGAGACGUGGAACGGCCGCAUCGCCAUGCUUGCCAUCAUUGUGAUCUUGGUUCUGGAAGCUACCAGUGGGCAGUCCAUCCUCAAGAAUCUCAUAUGGGCUGAGUGA